UAAGGCUAAGGUCACAGUGGCUACGAUAUCGUUCGGAUUCCGCCGACGGGCAGUCUUUUAACUACGGCGCGCUCGCACUGGAGCCGAUCUUAGCUCCCAAACGUACAGUCUUCGGACGACAAUUGAUGAAAUUAUUCGGUCAAAUCGACCGACGUUCUCGCACGCGAAAUAUAGAGCGCGAGAAACUGUGCCUGCAAGUAUAUCUAGGAGAGAUCCACAAGAUAACCACAUCUCCAAGUGCCAGAAGCAAAAUGACAUCAGAAUCAGAGUGCAGUUGCGGGUGUCUCGUGGCUGGUGAAGACAUCGCAGAGUAUCAGAGCAGUGAGACACUUGAAGCUCCACCUUCCACUGUCACUUCUAUUUUACAAAAUGACAGUGACACGAGUCCCCAGUCGGAUGCGUCUGCAACGAAUUUGAACACACAGCAAUAUGAAACUGCAGUUUCCUACAAGGCCGACGGCACGGGCACCUGGCGCUUGAGUGUCGACGACUUGCCCGAUGUUAUACUGAUAAAGAUCUUCUCUCACUUGUCUUUCAGAGAGCUAGUAGAUGUGGUGCAGAAAGUGUGCUGUCGCUGGAAAACGUUGUCCCAAGAAGCGGAGUUGUGGACUGAUAUGCAAUUCCAUAUCAAGUACAGCAGUGAUUACGAUGACGACACGUGGAAGGGCGUAAAGACUGACGGGGAGGCAAUACGGACUUUCUGCGAUCUCCCGAACUUGCGUAAUGUACGCGUGUUUCGCCCUGCCAAAUCCCGUGUCUUCCGUGCGCUCUACAACAGGUGUCGCAGACUGUCCACGCUGCGCCUGCACGCUGCACAGAAGCUCAGCUACUCGGUGCUGGAAAACUUAGUUGAGAAGUGCUCCAGAAUACGCACACUACGGAUAUCCAACGAACUGCUGAAGUCUGAGAAAUUUUCGGAGGCAGUGUCACGCCUACAGGACCUCCGUGUGCUGGAGGUGGCAAUGAACUUGAAGGAACCCAUUCCUGUGCUGCGACCUUUGGGUGACGGGUGCCCGCGACUAGCAGAGGUUGACUUUCUGUACACAACUUUUGACAACGACGAUUUAAAAUACUUCCUGAAUGCCAAGAGGAACACCCUUAAGUGCAUACGUAUAAAUUCGGAGGCAGUGAUUGGAAAACGGUGUGUCCUACCACUGCUGACCAUCUGUGCUGACAGCUUGGAACGGCUGCAUCUUUAUGAUUUAGACUUAAGCCACAGUGAGGUGAGGGAGGCAUUUACUGCACUGAGAAGCCUGAAGAACUUGCAAGAACUUGAGAUGUGGGUCUCCAGUCCUGAACCGCUUGAUAAAAUUACUAUGGUAUUUAAGACUGGUGGGCUGCCAAAACUGAGGCUUCUGAAUCUACAAGCGGGUCGCAGCCUGGACGAUAGCACUGUAAUUGCCAUCAGCCGUGGUUUCCCCACUUUACGGGAACUCUUCGUCCGACAUUCUGAACUACUCUCUGACGCUGCAUUCUCACAGAUCUACCAUCUGGAACACCUUGAAGUAUUGGACGUGUCAGGUUGCACAGGUCUCGGUGGGGCGUUUGUCCCCUACCUCGUCAGGCUACCACACCUUCGCACGUUGGUCAUGGAAGAACUGGAGUUUCCGAAGCUGCAACCGGGUCUGAGCAGUAUCCUCGAAUUGUCCGGUUUGCGCGCACUGUCACUCAGCUGGUCCCUUGUUACUGGAAUGCCAUUUGAUAAAUUUCCAGGAAAUCUUGUCAGUCUCAGGGAGCUGACAGUACACUGGUGCAGAGGUGAUCCUAAAGCCACAGAUGGGCUGACUGAGCAGAUGCCCAAGCUUAAAAUUCAUGGCUACUUUGAAGAUCAGGAGCCAGACAGUGACUGUGAUAAUAGCAGCAGCAGCAGCAGCAGCAGCCAUCGUGAGAGUGAUAAUGAUGAAAGUAAUAUAUCUGUUCUCUUUCUAGAGGAUGUAUAAAAGUGAUAUGAUAUUUAUAUACAAGUGUAUAACCGAUCACAUCUUGGCUCUAACUAUGUAACUUGAUCACACCUUUCGUGAUUGAACUGUCAAAUUUUUGUAAGAUUGUUGCUAAACUGGCUUCGCUGUAAUUUCAUGUUAACAAAGGCAAAAACUGUUUGGAAGUAGCCACGCGCUUGGAAGUGCAAUGUCAUGGUUUGUGCGGCCCCUCCCACUGGAGGUUCGUGUCCUCCCUCGGGCGUGUGUGUGUGUGUGUGUGUGUGUGUGUGUGUGUGUGUGUGUUCUUUGCAUAAGUUAGUUAAAGUAGUGUGUAAGUGACCAAUGACCUUAGCAGUUUGGUCCAUUAGGAAUUCACACACGUUUGAACAUUUUGUUUUGAAGUAAGGUAAUUGCAAAUUAUUUUGCAAAUCUCUAGCUAACAAUAAUGUUACAGUGAAACCUAAUUUUUAUGUUUCCACUUUUUACAUGCAUUUUUGUGAGUCCCAACAGAAGUUCUAUUCUCUUAGUACAAUGCUUUUAUGUUAACGAUUCCACGUUACAACAUUUCCCGCUUUUAAGUUUUCUUUAAAGUUAUUGAUCAUGUAAUGUAGUGUUACCGCGGUAAGCAAGAUUGCAUUGUCAGCAUGUUGGGUCACAGCUGACUUUAAUAUAGGUUUGCAGUGUUUGGAAUGGUGGGAAAGCAUGCUGAGUCAGUGCAUUAAUGAUAACCGUGAUCUGAUGAUAGUGACACUGGUAACAACCUUCCUACUGCUUAUUGCAUUGGACUACAGCAGAUUUAAUUUAAUUUCACAGUAAAUAAACACUGCUUUUGAAGACAGCCAUCUCUGGCUUUCUCAUUGUUACUUCCGCAUGAAAUAUGCUUAUCCGUACUAAGUGCACGGUCCUCGGUUGGUACGACGUGAUGUCGGAAGUGAGUGCCCUCCUUGGCGGCAACAAGCUUCAGAUUUUGUACCUAUUGUUAUCUGUUUAUGAAGACUGAAAAUUUCUCUUUUUUAAGUAAUAUGUUCCAAGUUUUAUUUACCAUAAUUUUGUGAUUAAUAUCAAUAAUAAGUCUUGCAUUAGAACAUGAAUAUCUUUUUAAUGGGCUUUUGUAAAAAGACUUGGCUUCCAUGUUUCAGAUUUUUUUAAAUAGGCAAAAUUUAAGUUGUUUUAA